UUAUCAACGCUGGACCGUGUCUUGCACAGAAAUAAACUGAGGAUGAAGCAGGUCUACAGGGUGCCAUUUGAGCGCAAUUCAGAAAGGGUCAAAGAAUUGCGAUAUAACUAUGUGCAAAGAGUCCUUGAGCUGGAGGUGGAUGCAGUGGAGCACCAGUUCUUCUUCAUUGAUGAGGUUGGAUUCAACCUCACAAAAAGACGAAGGAGGGGAAGGAAUAUAAUCGGCCAGCGUGCCAUUGUUGAAGUCCCUGGCCAGCGCGGAGGGAACAUCACAAUGUGUGCAGCGAUGACCGACCAUGGCAUCAUCCAUCACCAUGCUACCCUUGGCCCCUACAACACUGCCCAUCUGAUCACAUUCCUGGACACCCUACACAACACACUCAUUCCACCAGAUCAGAUAGACGGCCCAGAGCAGCUCAGGUACGUUGUCAUUUGGGACAACGUAAGCUUCCACCGGGUUGCUCUGGUUCAUAACUGUGAGGAUGCUGUUGGACCGAUAAGCAGAGCUACGGGAGCUCUGUCUAUAUCUGGCUCCGGUGGCUCUGUUUACUUGGGUCGAUACGAGUUUACCCACACGCUCUGGGGUUCAGGUCUUGCUGUGGCGGUGGACGGGCUGGAUGGCCAUGUAGCUCCGUUAGCAAGUUGGCUGCUAAUGGGCCAGUUUCCCAAUCGUUAG